AUGGAAGUUCUACUACCUGAUAUGGGAGAGGAAAUUGACACUGACUAUUAUGGUAGUGAACAGCUGGUACAGUCAGGGACUACAGUGUCAAGGCUGUUACAUUAUGUAAAGAAUGUGUUCUUUGAAGACACUGCUGGUGAGGAGCUGUUUUUUGACAUAAAUGGAGAUUCUCCAGUGGUGUAUGACAUAUUAAAUUGGCAAGUCUCUCCUGAUGGAAACACCACCAGUUAUGUGAAGGUUGGAUAUUUUGAUUCCCGAGCUCCUUCAGGACAAGAUUUUUUCAUUAAUGAAAGUCUGAUUUUGUGGAAUGGAGACAACACACAGAUUCCACAGUCAGUGUGCAGUGAAUCCUGCUCUUUUGGCUUCAGGAAAGCUCCCCGUAGAGGACAGCCUGUUUGCUGCUUUGACUGCAUUCCGUGUUCUAAGGGAGAGAUCUCCAAUCAAACGGGUGUCAGCAACUGCAUCAGAUGUCCUGAGAAUAAAUGGCCUAAUCUUAAGCAAGAUGCUUGCAUUCUGAAAGCUGUGGAGUUUCUUUCCAUGGAAGAAUUAUUGGGAUCAAGCCUAGCAGGAUCUACAAUAUUCCUCACUUUAAUAACUGCUUCUACCCUGUGUAUCUUCAUAAAGUACAGAGACACACCAAUUGUUAAAGCUAAUAACCGGGACCUCAGCUACUUUAUACUUUUUUCACUUUUUGUAUGCUUUCUCUGUCCCUUAAUAUUCAUUGGUCAACCAAACAGACUUGCCUGCUUGCUCCGCCAGAUUAGUUUUGGCAUAAUAUUUUCUUUCUGUGUUUCUGGUAUACUGGCUAAAACCAUUACAGUUGUCAUUGCUUUUAAAGCUACAAAGCCUAAUGGCAAAUUAAUGAAGUAUGUGGGACCCAGAACACCAUAUUUUAUUGUUUUCUCAGGAUCUCUGUUACAGGUUAUUCUGUGCAUUAUUUGGCUGGCAAUGUCUCCUCCAUUUCCUGAACUGAAUUUCAACUCUGAAGAGUUUAAAAUCAUAGUGGAAUGUAAAGAAGGAUCUUUUGUUAUGUUUUAUUGCAUGCUGGGAUACCUUGGCCUCCUAGCCAGCAUCUGCUUUGUUGUAGCCUUUCUAGCAAGGACUUUGCCUGAUACUUUUAAUGAAGCAAAAUUUAUCAGUUUUAGCAUGAUUGUAUUUGUCAGUGUCUGGUUGUCCUUCAUUCCAGCAUACCUAAGCACAAAGGGCAAGUAUAUGGUGGCUGUGGAAAUAUUUGCAAUCAUGGCAUCGGGUGCUGGAAUAAUCAUUUGCAUAUUUAUUCCCAAAUGCUACAUUAUACUUUUAAAACCUCAGCUGAAUAUAAGAGGACCGUUAAUGGGAAAUGCAAACUUCUCCAAAAACAUGUAA